AUGGCCACCUUAGCCCUCACUCACCCACUUAUCCGACCGUCAGCACUAUCAGCGCUCAGCUUGAGAAUAUCUACGGCCAUUUUCGCUCGACCGGCUUGGUCCCUUCCUUGUGUCCCUUCCACCUCCUCCGUCCCUCUCACAUCAUGGUAUGCCCCACUGUUACCCGCCCUCGAUAGUCUGCUCGAACUCUUUCCGCCUUUUCUCCUCACGGCACCGAAAAAGAAGACGUCUCAUUCGAGAAAGAGCAUGCGCAGUGCCAAUAAAGGGUUGAAAAAUAGAACAAACUUCUCCCACUGCGCAGCUUGCGGACAGGUCAAGUUGAUGCACAAUGUCUGCCCUUACUGUUACUCUCAGAUAUCCCGAAGAUGGAAGAAAGAAGCAAGAGGGGAAAUCAGCGAGACGCUCCAUAUUCCCAAAUCCACAUGA